AUGUCUUCGACGGAUUAUAACUACGAUGAACAGGGCCAAUUCUUCCCGUUCUUCAUCCUCACUCUGUCUGCGCUCGUAACUCUUCCACUUACAUAUACUCUCCUUAAACCCAACAAAGAUCUGGAAAAUACUGCGCCGCGGAUAAAGUCUGACUUUCGUCCUCAGAAUGGAGACAUUAUCCAGAAACAAAAGCAGAAACUCCUGCGGAAGGAACGCCGGUUGAAGCGCAUAUUCACUGUCCUAGGUGGAUAUGCAGUAAUGGCAUGGAUGGUCUAUUUGAUUAUCGUCACCGCUCGGACUUCCCCCAAAAUAUGGGACCCUUAUGAAAUUUUGGGAAUUUCAAGAAGCGCCAACGAGAAAGCUAUUUCCAGACACUUUAAAAGGCUUUCCCUCCGGUUUCACCCAGACAAAAUCAGACCGGAUCCAAACAAAAAUGAAACCAUCGAAAGCUUGAACGACCAUUUUGUCGAAUUGACCAAGGCGUACAAGGCCCUGACUGACGAGGAAAUCCGCAACAACUAUAUCCAAUACGGACACCCAGAUGGCAAGCAAAGCUUUAGCAUCGGUAUCGCGCUGCCAAAAUUCAUCGUCACAGAAGGAAAUGGUAAAUACGUCCUUUUGGUAUAUGGUCUCUUACUCGGCGUGCUCUUGCCGUAUGUUGUUGGUAAAUGGUGGUAUGGAACACAGCGAUAUACGAAAGAGAAAGUCCUUGUUGCAAGUGCUGGCAAUAUUUUCCGAGAGUAUAAGGAUGACCUGGUUGGCGGAGGUAUAAUCAGCGCUCUUAGUUCCGGCGAAGAGUAUAAGCAGAUGCUAAAGGACGAAAACGCCGAAUCUGGGCUUGCUAAAGUUGAAAAGAAAAUUCUUUCUGAUGAUGAUUCAACAGCCCCUGGGACAUCUCUAACACCCAAGGAUCGGAAGUUGUUAGCUGAUCUGGAAAAUGCAAGUAGAAGGAAAGCUCUCGCAUUACUGUGGGCGUACCUGGGUAGAGUUGAGCUUGAUGAUCCCAAUCUGAAUGAAGAGAAAUUUGGAGUCGCCCCCACAGCGUUUACCCUCAACGAUUCUUUUUCGUCUAUUGCGCUUGCUUUCGGCAGCCUACAGCCAAUCCUUGGGUCAUUCCACAUGUCACAAUACCUCAUCCAGGCCAUUCGCCCUGGUGGUUCACCUCUUCUUCAAUUACCUCAUUUUACGCCGCAAAUCGUUCGGUCGAUCGAAGGCGAGGAUUCGAGGAGCCACAUGUCAAUUUCACAAUAUAUGGCACUUCCUGAGCACCAGCGACGAAAGCUGUCCGUGGGUAAAAACCUGCUAACCGAACAACAAUACGCAAGUGCCCUGUCUGUCGUCCAGCAAAUACCUGUCCUCCACGUCUCGAAAUCAUUUUUCAAAGUUGUAGGUGAAAAAGUGGUGACCCCAAGUAGCUUAGUUCAGCUCAUCGUCAAGGCGCGGUUUAUUCCACCAGGCUCAAAGAAUAUUCCGGAGGUCGACGAGCGUGACCUUGAAUAUGUUGACCCAGAUGAAGAUGACGUAGCAGCCAACAAAUCCUUAGCAAGAGGAAAGGGUGGGAAAGAAGACCUGGAAUACAAAAUCCAGCCGCCACUUGCCCAUGCUCCUUACUAUGCUCGCGAUCACUCUCCAAGAUGGCACAUUUUCCUCGCUGAUUCCAGGCAAGGCAGAAUGGCCGUCCCUCCCUUCACCUUCACCACAUUUGACAAACCUAUUUUCGACAAAGAUGGAAAGCCCACCUUCAACAUGCAAACAUUGAAAAUGCAAUUCCAAGCCCCUCCCCAAGUCGGCAAAUUCCACUUCUCUCUUCACAUUGUCUGCGACAGUUACAUCGGAUUCGAUACUGUUAGUGAGACCACGCUUGACGUUGAGGAUUUUGCCAAGGCUGCUGCCCUGGAGGAAGAAGACGAUAUUUCCGAGCCCGACGAAGACUCUAUUGCCGGCCAAAUGCAAGCUCUGAAGACUGGCACGGCCCCUCGCAAGAAGCGGGUACCCAAGAAGCAAGCGGAUGAGUCGAGUGAGGAUGAUGAGAGCGAUACCGACGGUGAUAAUGCGGAAAUGAGUGAGACAGAUACGGAAACAGAUACGGACGAGGAAUAAAAGGAUUUUAAUAUCAAAUAAUAUCGAUUUUAUAUUUCUGUGCUGCUUUUAUUAUUUAUCCACCAUUCUUGUUGUUGUCAAAAUCAAAGUUCAAAUACCUACCCUGUUAGAGGCGUGAGAUAAUUUUGCACUUUUUUUCUAUCUGCUUCUUCCCGUUUUUCAUUUUCAUUUUUUAUCUUUAGCUUUGCUUAUGCCAACUGUGGUUUCAUAUAUUCUUAUCUCUGCUCCCCUACCAUGACCAUUUGAACGGUUUGGUUUUACGCCAUAAUAAACACGAUGCAUGGUAUCUCUCAGUCUCUC